CACGCCCAAGAUUAAUCAGCCAAUCAGAGUGAGUUGGAAAACUACCAUGCUUUCCGCGCUUAUUCAAACCGUGUGACCAGCGGCUUUAAAUGGGGGGUGCUCACCUGUAGAGAGCAUUCGCAGAAAAUACAUCCUCAAGAACACUGCAUCGACAUCUAGACGAUAUACCGUGCCCGGCCGUGCGGCAUCUGUCGACGUUUUUGCACACGAAAUUCAGAUUUUGGGCUUGACAUUUACGUUGCAUCCCGCGUGAUAAAAGACCCAACAACAAGAUGGACCCAGUUAUCAUCGAGAGCGACAACGUCCGAUAUAGCAAGGACUAUAUCGAGUCCGAUUAUGACUACCAAACGACGAGCGUGCAGCGGAGAAAUGGCAGUUACGUGGCCACACCGGUGAAAACCAGGUAUACCUUCCGCACGAAGAGGACCGUCCCGAAACUGGGAGUCAUGCUGGUGGGGUGGGGAGGAAACAAUGGCACCACGGUGACAGCCGCGACGAUCGCUAACAAAAUGAAGAUGACCUGGAGAACGAAGGAAGGACUCCAUAAAGCGAACUACUUCGGUUCGAUCACUCAGGCGAGCACGGUGUGCCUGGGCACCGGCCCAGAGGGAGAGGUUUACGUGCCCAUGUCCGAACUUCUGCCCAUGGUUCACCCGAAUGACAUCGUCUUUGAUGGUUGGGAUAUUUCCUCCAUGAACUUAGCAGAUGCCAUGGAGAGAGCACAGGUUCUAGACUAUAACCUGCAAUGUCAGGUUCGUCCUUACAUGGAGACAAUGAAGCCCCGCCCCUCCAUCUACAUGCCAGAGUUCAUCGCCGCAAAUCAGGCGGAACGUGCUGACAAUGUACUCCAGGGAACCAAGCAAGAGAUGAUGGAUCAAAUUAGAAGAGACAUUCGUGAUUUCAAGGCACUGCAUCAACUAGACAAGGUGAUUGUGUUGUGGACAGCAAACACGGAGAGAUACAGUGAAAUCCGUCCCGGCCUCAAUGACACAGCAGAGAAUCUGUUACAGAGUAUCCGAGGUGAUGAGAGUGAAGUUUCUCCAUCAACGUUAUUUGCUGUAGCCUGUAUUUUGGAGGGGGUGACCUACAUCAAUGGGUCUCCUCAGAACACAUUUGUACCUGGAGCUAUUGAACUGGCCGAGAAGAAGCGAGUUUUCAUUGCUGGUGAUGAUUUCAAGUCUGGACAGACAAAGCUGAAAUCUGUUCUGGUAGAUUUCCUUGUGAGUGCAGGAAUAAAGCCAGUGUCUAUAGUCAGUUACAACCACCUGGGCAAUAAUGACGGCAAAAAUCUGUCAGCUCCUCAAACCUUCAGGUCUAAGGAGAUAUCAAAGAGCAAUGUAGUUGACGACAUGGUUGAGUCCAAUGACAUUUUAUAUGAGGACGGCAAAAAGCCUGACCAUUGUGUUGUGAUCAAGUAUGUACCUCAUGUUGGCGACAGCAAGCGUGCAAUGGACGAAUACACGUCUGAGAUCAUGAUGGGCGGCAAAAACACCUUAGUCAUCCACAACACAUGUGAGGACUCCCUGCUGGCCAGCCCGCUCAUCUUGGAUCUGAUUAUCAUCGCUGAAAUCUGUGAACGCAUCCAGUUCAAAACCGACAAGGAGGACCAGUUUCAAAACUUCAAUGCUGUGUUGUCGUUGUUGAGCUACCUGUGCAAAGCACCUCUGGUUCCCCGCAACACACCACUGGUCAACGCGCUCUUCCGCCAGAGGUGUUGUAUAGAGAACGUGUUUCGCGCUUGCUUAGGACUGGCACCUCUGAACCAUAUGUUGUUAGAGUACAAGCACUCCAAACUGCCACAGUACACUGUCCAACCUGAUAUUUACAGCAUGAAAGCUAAAAUCAGGAACCAAAUAAGUAAUGGACCAGUUCAAAAUGAAGAACCAUUAGUCCUUAGUAGCAGUGACAGUGAAGUUGAAAAAUAGGUGAACAAUGUACAUAAUUUGGCCAGAUGUUGACUGUAUAAAGUCUCUUUGUACUGAUGGAGUGGUGCAUGGCAUUAAUUAACUGUAGCCAUGGCUACUGCUUUAGCAGGAAGAAAUAAUUUCGUACAGAGAUUUUCUGCGUAAAUGACUACCGACUGUUGAAAAACUUCGCGCAGUUUUUUUUUGUAAACUAGCUAGUGUGAAUCGCUCUUGACAGAGGCCAUUCAUCUAGAUAUGGUCCAACAUUGCACUGUUAUUUUUGAAGGGGCGGGGCUUACUCCUUGGAUGAGUAAUUACCCUGAUUUGUAGAAAGAGUCCGUGAGUGUACAUCACAGUUGUACUGUCAGCUUGACAUAAUACUAACGGGUUGUGAAGACAGUUACAAACUAUACUUGUGAUGUUACCAUACUUAGCACAACUUUGCCAUUGCAUAUAUAUAAAUACUGAGGUGGGACCAAGUUAGCUGUGAGUGGCAUGUACUGGUUUACCCUCUUGUGAAUGAAUAAGUCAGUGAGUGAACUACUCUACAUCUAACUAAAAGCAGAAAUACUGGUUCCAGUAAAUAACUUCUGGAAUUGUGAAAACCAACAUUGAAACACACAAAUCACUCUUCCAACCAGGUCUUCAUGGUUAAACUUACAAAAUUGUAGUGAAUAAAUUUGCAUUGUCUGUGAAACGCAGACUAUAUUUAGUUGGGUUAUUUAUUCAUGAUAAUCUCUGUGGCACUGCUAGUUUCCAACAGUGUGUAGUGUAAACAUUGUGGUACUGUCGAUUUGCCAACAGUGGGUAGGUCAAUCUCUGUGGCACUGCCAAUUUGCCAACAGUGGGUAGGUCAAUCUCUGUGGCACUGCCAGUUUGCCAACAGUACAUAAGAGUACAUACAUGCAUUCAUGCACUCAUACACACAUACAUACAUACAUACAUGCAUUCAUUAUGAGUUUCUCAGCAUUUAAUGUCUUGAUGUGUUGACUCUAGUUAAAAUCACAAGUGAAGAAAUGAUUUUCAGCAUGAUUAAAGGUUUAACUCACCCCCAAAAUCAUCUGAAAAUCAUGUCAUCUGUGCUUUUUAAAAUGUACUGAAGUGUUUUAUACCUGUUUUGUUGAGAAAAAAUAAAAUGCUAA